AUGGACGUUCUGCCGCGACUGGCCGCAUUCCCUUACGUCGGUCCAAGCACCUGUCCUCCCCCAAGACCCUCCGUACAUCCUCCACUACUACAGCACGGACAUGGAGGGUUUGACAGCCCCCCGAUUCUAUCCCCUCGACCGGUUGAUCCGGCGAUCUUCACAGCCAGCCACGAUUUUUCGACCGAAAUGGUCAAGGGUGUCGUGCUCUGGAUUACCCCCACUUCGUGCUGCCACGCUCCAUCGCGCGCCGUCUGGCUGGAUCUCGCGAUCCCAGAUGUGGGGCAUCGUGACUUCCGAGAUUCGGUUCGCGCGUACACCGCUACUGCCACUUGA